AUGGCAGUAGAAAAACGGCCUGCUGAGGAAACUGAAACAACAGUUGUCAAAAAACUCAAUAAUUCUUUCUCUCACGAUGAGAUUGUGAGUUUCUUGAAUAACAAAAUCUUCGAAAAGGAGUUUCAAGAAAACUUGAGACUCGAUAUCUCCCAAUCUCAGCCAUUUAGAUGGGGCACGGUCACGGAGCUCAUCAAUGACGAGUUGUUGCGCUCGGUGAGGACAGAAAUACUUGGAGAAAUAGCCUUCACAAAGAAAGAAACAGAUAUAUACAAGGUAUUCCAAUCUGGAGACUUGGCAAACUUGUCCGGGUUAGACUGGAACGAUUUGUCUAGGCUACCCUCGUUGUACAAAUUAAGAGCUGCAAUUUACUCAGAGGAGUUCAGAGACUUCAUCUCCAAUGUCACGGGUUGUGGUAAACUAAGUGGUGUGAAGACUGAUAUGUCGAUUAAUACGUACACCAAGGGUUGUCACCUAUUAACUCAUGACGACGUUAUUGGUUCUAGAAGAGUGAGUUUCAUCUUAUACAUGCCUGAUCCGAAGUUCACCUGGAAACUGCACUAUGGAGGUGGUUUGCGCCUCUUUCCAGCGGUGGUGCCUAAUGUCCCAGAGACAGAUCAUCAAGUGAAACUUGUUCCUCAAUUCAAUCAAAUGGCUUUCUUCACGGUUCAGCCGGGUUUGUCGUUUCAUGAUGUCGAAGAAGUCCGUGUUGACAAGCAAAGAUUGUCUAUUCAAGGGUGGUUCCAUAUCCCGCAACCUGGAGAGGACGGUUAUAUACCUGGAGAACAAGAGGCCACUGAAGCCAAGAGUACGUUGCAACAGCUUCAGAGCAAGGAGUUGCAAGAGUUCGACUUUCCCAAGCCUUUUAGAAAUGAUCUUUACCCUGAAGAGAUUAAGGAAUACGAGAGCUUGAAUUUGCUGUCGAACUUUUUUGAUGAUACUGAGGUCGAAUAUCUUGGUAAGUUUUUGAACCCAACAUAUUUGAAUAAGGCCUCACUCGCAAGACUUAAUGAAAGCUUCGUUGAAGAGUCUGUUGUCGAAAUCAAAGAAAUUUUAAAGGAAGAAUAUGCUCUGUUGCUUCAAGAAACAUUGAGAAAAACUGAGAUCGAGAACAAGGUGCCUCAGACUUCUAAGGAAAUCCACUUCCCAUGGAAAUGUGCCGUACCUCCACACAAACAAAGAUAUAUGUACAUAGACGGAAAGGGUGACAUUGACCUUACGGAAAAAGGCAUUAACUUUCACAAUCACAUUGGUCCUCAGGAACUACCCAACUUCGAGCUAGCCAAAGGACUCACCCAGACUAAACCAGAGAAAAUGCUACUAGAGCUCAUGCAGUUCAUGAAGUCGAUAAGUUUCAGAAAAUGGCUAACGUACGUGACGAACUUGGUCGUCACCAGCGAUCAGAUUUUAGCCAGGAAGUUUAGACCUGGUCAGGACUUUAUUUUGGCUACUACAACCGAGAAAAUGUUGGCUCGCGAGCACAAUGACGAGGUCAAUUUAUUGUUAGAAGCCACGCUUGGGCUUACGCCCACUGCCAUCAACGCCAAGAAUUGGGAAUCGGGAGAGUUUGGCGGCUACGAGUUAUGUAUGGCUACUGGUGUUGGAUCUGAUGGAGAGGCAGAGGACGACGAUCCCGCAAUUUACAAAGCAGGCGACCCAAAUGAUGACAGUGUCUUGUACAGCAGCCAGUGCAAAUGGAAUACCUUAUGUCUUAUGGUGAGAGACCCUUCGGUGUUGAAAUUUGUAAAGUACGUGAGCAUCAAUGCCAAAGGGUCCAGGUGGGACAUAAGUGCCCAGUUCAAUGUAAAGGCGUUGGGAGACGAUGAUGAGGAUGGCCACUGA